AUGUUUGGAGUCGACUUGAUCAUCAUCAACUCUGAAACGAUCGCGCGGGAGUUGUUGGACAGGCGUUCUGGGACUUACUCUACUCGCCCUGUUAUUCGCACCAACGAAUUAGCUGGAGGGUCUUUCAAUACUGCAUUCCUUCCGUAUGGAGAAACCUUACGACAACAUCGCAAGAUCUUCCAUCAAGUCCUCAGGGCCGAAAUCUCGGUCUCAUACCGCGAGUUGUACUCUCGUCACGCAAAUGAACUAGUCAUCAAUCUCUUAGGUGCCACUAGUGACCUACUACAGCAUCACACUGAAGCAUACGCGGCAUCCCUAAUCAUGGCUGUGACAUACGGACAUCUUGCUCACGGACAUGAAGACUCGUUUCAUUCCCGCGCGCUCGAACUCUUUGAUAUUGGCAAACAUAUUACUUCUCCCGAGAGGGCUGCCAUUUUCACAGCCUUUCCUUUCCUCGAAAAGUUGCCAAUUUGGUGCUUUGGUGGAAUAUUUGCCCUGAUGGGACGCGGUAGAGAAUUAUCCCAACAACUUUUGAACGAGCCCGAUAACGAAGUGAAGGCACAGCUAGCAAAUGGUACCGCUUCACACUCGUUGGUCGCUGACUUUCUCAGUCAACCUCACGAUGACGCUGACGAAGAUACGAUGAAGGCUGAAUACGACAUCUUAGCUGGCAUGGAUACUGUUGCAUCCGCAUUGGACACAUUCCUGCUGGCCAUGGUGCUCUAUCCUGACGUCCAAGCACGGGCUCGCGCAGAAAUUGAUCAAGUCGCGAAGCACGAUAAAAUGCCGUGCCUUGAUGAUAAGGUGUCACUGCCCUACCUUGAUGCCAUUCUCCGCGAGGUCCUGAGAUGGCAUCCUGUCGUCCCCCUAGGAAUUCCACAUGCGACACUAAGUGAUGAUGUUUACGACGGGUACUUUAUACCCAAAGGUGCGGUGGUGAUAGUUAAUCAGUGGGCACUCUCUCGGGAUGAAGACAUAUUUCCCGAUGCAUCGCGCUUCGAUCCAAGUCGCCAUCUGACAGUCGACGGGAAGCUGAAGGACCCUUUUGCCAACCAUUUUGCCUUCGGCCAUGGCAGGCGUGUUUGUCCUGGUCGUUGGUUUGCAGAGAACGCUCUGUGGACUGCAGCUGCUACCAUACUCGCUGUCUCACGCAUCGAUCAUGCUAAAGACUCGAACGGAGACAGAAUUGAGGUGAAGCCAGAGUUCACCACCGGUUUGGCGGUGUAA